UAACGUGGAUGUGACCAUAUCAUAAACGUCUUUUUGCCAUAAUGUGCUCAAAAAAUUGAGCGGAUCGCCAAUAUUACAGAUUGGCGACUUCCUGUUAUUGUGACAUUUAAUAAAGGCGGGAAAACAAGCGUCAUUUCCUUGAUUUGUUACAUUUUUUAAGUUUUAGUUAACGAAUACAAUUUCUGUAAAAGUUUCAAGAAAAUAAUUUUAACUUCUGUGAUAAAAAUAAUACGAAUCGUUGUGCUAAAAUGUUUUACCCAGUGGACUCGUUGAAAAGAGGUGGAAGAUUUUAUUUGUGCUGGGUUGCAGAUUCCUGGCCUCUACGUUUUGCUACAAUAACUCAUCGGCAGCUUUGGUCUCAGGACGUCCGUAAAAUAUGUGACGAUUUGUUGAACGUAAUGACGAAUGAGUCCGGCCGAGCUACGAACCGAUUUUCUUUACGUCUCAGCUCUCAAUUAAUGCGAGGACUAGUAAGACUCUACCAGAAAAAAGUCACAGUGUUUUUAGGCGAACUCUGCAUGUUAAAUGCCCAUGUCAUUAAAAAUACGAAUAGAAAAUGGACCAUACAUAAAGUAGCUCCGACAAGUGUUGCGCCUCAGCAGUUGCUAAUAGAAGACAUACCGCAGGUGUUAAUACAAGAGGAGCCUGAAAAUGAACAGCGGAUUGAGGAAAUGAUUCAAAACAGUGGCAAUGUGGUCUCAAAUAUCCAAGAAAUAACUCUAAAGGAAGCUGCCAUACCUGACCAUCCACAACCCAUUAAUGAUGGUUUCGGUGAAGAAAACCCGGAACAAGCGAUGCCAAUGUUAGCCGAACGCACAUUAGAGUUCAUGUUGCAAGCCGAAGGCUCAGCUAUACAACACAGUGGGCUUGAGUUGGUGGAUAAGUCUCAAGAUAAAUCGCACGAUAAGACCCAAGAUAAGUCGCGCUUGGCACUCGAUCCACAGAUGGAGAGGAUCUCUGAACAUGAUGUUUCUAUGUUUGGGGGAGUUACUGGAGAAGGGGUACUCCCAGUGCCUGAUAUUGAAAAAGAAAUCCCCGAUAUACCCGAAUUCCCGAAUCCUGAACCAGCUCCCAACCAGCAAUCGGAAAUGUUAGUAAACGUAUUGAGGCAAAUAACGGAACAAGAUGUCGUUAUCUCCAAAGUCGAUACCACAAAAGCUGUUCAGGAACGGGUAGAGCCCAUGGAAGUUGAGUUAGAGGAAUUAGAAGAAACUGAGCCAAGGCAGAAACGACGCAAAUUUAAAAACAAAUUGAUUAUCGACAAGAAUACUAAAUUGAGUGGAAAUUUUCUUCGCGCCAGAAUUUCCAAUAUUGCUGUGGAGCUGCGAUGCGAGGACAGUGCAGACGACAUAGUGGAUCUGCGCGUGCCGUGGGACGUGUACUUCAGUCGGCCGACCCACGCGGGUGAUAGAGUCAGCUCCAACUUGAAUCUAGACAUCACCAGGCUCUUCAUACGAAAUCUCGGAGUUGUUGGUACACGAACGCUGCCUGAACGAGAAAUGGAGGAAGCAAGAGAGCGACAUCGUAUGUACACGAGGUCCGUGCUCGAGAGAAUAGAGGAGGUCGAGGAACCGACUGCCCACGACAAAACACAAGCGCCGCAACUAGAACCUGCUGAAGUCGACAUCUCAACGAGAUCUGUGGACGUGACCGCACCGAGAGUGAGUGUACCUCAACAAGAACUUGAUAUAUCGGAACUGCCCACGCAGAAACUUGAGACUCUGUCACAGCAGGCAAGAAAGCGUACGGGUGAACCAGAAAUCGUGACCACACCGAAACGACAAAAGUCGGGAUACAUUUCAUUUAGAAUAAGUCAGCAGCUAGCCACCGAAUCCCCCGUUGCGAUUUCAGAAAACGAAAAAGAAAACGUAACUAUUGAACAACCAUCGCCAACAAAACGCGCACGACGAAGUACAGUUCUAAAGGAAAUUUCGCAAGUUGAAGAAAACAUAACCGCUAAAGAUACUGAGAAAAGCGUCACAGUGAUGCUACAACAAGCCGGGUUAGCGGAUAUAGAGACGUAUCAACCGGUCGAAAUAGAGCAGCGAGCGGUUACCCAAAAAUCUCAAAGGCAUAGGAGCGAAAGCUCUGAAACGCCGUUGGGCAGUUUGGAUAGAACUAGGGUGUCUCUCGGAGACUCGGAACAGACGACAGACUCGAAGAGAUUUAUACGUGAUCAGUGGGGGACAGAGGGCACCAUGGUAAAGAUAUUGAAGUGCAUUAAGGCUGAAGUGAUGCCGGUCACUGUAAGAAACCUCAUAGCAAAGGGACCAGUCAUAUUCGGCUAUAAGAAAAUCAUUGCUGCAAGGUGUUUCACCUCCAUGUUGAAGCUAAAACAGCACGGCUUUAUAAACGUUAUAAAAAAUCCAGACACACUUGAAAUAGAAGGAGUUAUGUUGGGACCAAAGUUCGAUUAGAUCUCGCUCAUUCAUCUACCAUUUUGAUCUCAUUUGUUUUAAUUUAGUAAUGUUGUUUUUGUUAAAUAUGCUUUAUCAAUGUUACUAAUGUUUUUAUAUUUUAAUAUUGUGAAAUACCUUGAUGACUAUUAAAUAAUAGU